AUGAAUAUACCUAAAGACAAUACUGAUAAUAGAUUAAGUGUGACUCUAGAAGUUGGCAAGGAUAAAAAAUUAAAAGUUGUAAAAACACUGAUGAAUGAAUGUACAGAAAAUAGUAAUGUGAAUGUAAAAAACCAAUUAAUAAAUUCAUCUUUAAAUAAUGAAGAUUAUGAAAAAGGUUUGGAAAUUUAUUUAGGCCAUUUUAAAAAAAAAUUUACGAAAUUUCAAGAAAGUAAUAUUUAUAAUGUAUAUAAUAUAAAAGAAAUUAAAGAAAAAAUGGAAGAAGAAAUUUAUGAUGUUAUGAAUUUAAUUAAUGUUGAUUAUGAUUAUGCUUACCGUUUUUUAAAAGCAUACAAUUUUAAUUCAAAUGAUUUAAUUGAAGAAUGGUUUAAGAAUUCUAAAAAUGUUUUGUUAAGAGCUGAAUUUUCUCAUUUAAAGGAAGAAGAUAUUUGUGAGAAAACAAGCUAUAAUUUACUUGGUGAAGAAAAUGAUACAAUCAAUAUAAAAGAGUUAGAUAAAAAUAAUUCAUUACUUAAAUCUCAUUUCAAUAGUAAUUUCAAAAAAGAAAAAUACAUCUGUCCUGUUUUACUACUGGAAUGUGAUAUUAUAGAUACUUAUGCAUUAAAAUGUGGUCAUCGUUAUUCAAAAGAAUGUUGGUUAUGUUAUUUAAAAAUUUCACUAAAUGAAGAUUUUGAAGAGAAUGUUAUUAGUAAAAAGUGUAUAGAUGUAGAAUGUAAGGAGUUAAUAAAAAAAGAUGACUGGAAAAAUAUAUGUGAUAAAAUAUUAUAUGAAAAAUAUCAAAAUAUUUUAAUAAAUAUUUAUAUAAAUAAAAAUUAUAAUUUAAAAAAAUGCCCUAAUAAAAAUUGUGAUUAUGUCAUUGAAUCUGUUAUGCUAAAAAAUAAUAACAUUAUUUGUAAAUGUGGUCAUAAUUUUUGUUUCAUAUGUUCCUAUGAGUUUCACAGGCCUGUUACUUGUUCUAUUAUUAAAAAAUGGCAUGAUUUAGAAAAAAAAGAUGAUAAUAACAUAAAGUGGAUAAAUAUUCAUACAAAAAAGUGCCCUAAUUGUAAUGAACCCAUUGAAAAAACCUCAGGUUGCAUGCAUAUGAGAUGCAUAUGUGGUUACGAUUUUUGUUGGCUUUGUUUAGAAAAAUGGAAAAAUCAUAAAGGUGGUUUUUAUAAAUGCAACAAAUAUUUAGAAGAAAUAAAAUUUAAUGAAGAUGAAAUAAAUAAAGAAAAAGAAGAAAAAAAAAAUUCUAACCAUAUUCUUAAUAAAUAUAAUCAUUUUAAAACAAGAUUUGAUGCACAUCAUUACGGAGAAAAUUUCUCUAUUAAAACACAACUCCUCUUUUUAUACAAUUUUUGUCAAUCAUAUAAUAUAGAUAUACAGAAAUUCAAAAACUUUGAAGAUGCUAUAAUACAAACAAUUAAAUGUAGAAAAAUAUUAAAAUGGUCUUAUGCAUAUGCUUAUUUUUCAAAUUGGAAAAAUGAAAACCAAAAAUAUUUUUUUGAAUAUCAUCAAGGAGAAUUAGAAAGAAAUCUAGAAAUUUUACAAAGGAAAACAGAGAGUAUAGAUUUAGACCAAUUUACAAAAAAUAGAGAAGACAAAAAUAUGAUAGAAAUUCAAGAAUUAACAAAAAUAGUUGAUACAUUUUUUAAAAAUAUUUGUGAAUUUAUUGAAAAUGAUUUUAACAACUAA